GGGAGGGGAAUGACAGGAAGCCACAGCAGGUGAGGAAACGAUGAGAUGAACUGAUCAGAACAGAACUCAGACUGGCAGAAGACACAUAAAUUAGGGCUGAAAGAGUUUGGAUUCGACUAAUUAUGCUUGUGACAGUGUUAUCUGUAGCCAUGGUGAUGCUGACAGGUCACCUGAUGUAUGGGCUGCCUAUGGACGGAAAAAGGCGAAAUCCGAGGGCCCUUUCAGUAGAGCUGUGUGAUCCAGGAUAUUAUUACAAGUCUGGCUAUAAGUGUGUUCAAUGCGAACUCGGUUUCUACACAAGUGAGAAAAACAGAGAGGAUAGUUGCCACCGCUGCUUCCAGAACUGCAGACCUGAAUUCAACAUGGAGGUGGAGAAGAAUUGCACAAGCACAUCAAAUUUAGUGUGUCGCUGUCAAGAGGGUUACAUUUGUUUGACCGAUCCACACAUGGACCAAUGUGACACCUGUGUUGCUGUCUCCACCACAAUCCCAUCUUCCACCUCUGCUGAUGUCUCAUCAUCCACUACAUCCACCACUUCAUCUUCUAAGAUUGAACGGGGUGACAGUAGAUUUGUGGUGUGGAUUUUAUGUGGAUUAAGUUUUCUAAUGUUAUCCAUUAUCAUCCUUACGAUGUUCCUCCGGCUCUGCAGGAAGAAAGAGAAGGAAUGUUUUAAACAUUUUGUCAGGCAGUGCUCGUUGGGUGAUAUGGAGGUGGACAGUGAGACUGCACCUCCUACUAGCCAACCAGAUGAGCAGCCCCAUGCCCAGGAGAUGCUGUCACAUGACAGCACACCCACCAAUCACAACACAGACUGCUCGUUUCAUCAGCCAAUCAGCUCGGAGCAGGCUGUGCCUCCAGCUGGCAAUUUAGGCCCUCUUCACAUCUACGGUCCCAAGACAGUUUUUGUGAGUUUGCUCAAUCAAUUUGGACUGGAUGGCAGCGAGAAAAAAGCACACAAACUUCAAGAAGAAUCGCUAAGCAAUAUCAACGUGCCCUGCCCUCAGUCUCCCCCCGUCCAUCUGUCUGAGGAGGAAAGGAGCAGAGAGAACGAUUUCAUCUUCUUCCCAUCUCAAGAGCAAGGGAAAGAGUGCCACAUAUCUAAAGAAGAGGUGCUGUGAGGGAUAACGGAUUAUUUGUGUCCAUCUUCUUCCGUACUGUUCGAAUGUGGUGUGGUUUGUUUUAACUGAUGCUUCAUGAGUACCCAGUAGCAAAACUCUAACCCUGGCAGGGGAUUUCAUCUAGAGAGCAACAGGCUGUGUUAGGGGAAGGCCUGGGUGUGUGACUAACAGUAUGUACCACAUACUUGUUGCGUAUGAGCUUGACAGUUCAUGCCAGCUUUGCAAUAUCACCCAUAAACUACAUUUAUGCGUAACUACUGAUUCUAAACCAUCAGAAUGGCAGUGGGAUGCUGAUGUUGACUGUAGGAAGAGUCGAUACCAGUGGCUUUCACGUCUUACGAUGGCUGAAUGACUCUUAGGAAGUGUUUGAAAGCAAGAGCAGCUCUAAAACAUUCAGAAGACCAAAGAUUCACAUAUGUUGUGAAAUUUAUUUUAU